GUACAUUGAACAUCACCCAAAAUGUCUUUGCUCCCUGGGCAGAAUCCUGCAACUCGACAGGGCCUCACAGGAGCUGCCGGGUACCCGCCUCCACCAGGCUAUACCGCGGGAAAGGGUCGAGGUGCUGGUGGCUUCCACGUUGCCACUCGAGCGGAGUUCGCCGGACUCCCGCAGUUCCCACCCAUCGCUCCUGGCACUCUCGGGUCCCAUAGCAGGGCCUUCCAGAAAAGCAAGUUGGCUAGGGACUCGACGGCUGGGGGUGCCCAGCAUUCGAUCCACGGGAAGUGGGGAGCGCCUCCGCCAGGAUACAUCCCUGGACGCGGACGAGGGGCUACCGGGUUCACUGGAGGUGUUAGUCGUGAUGAUGCCAGUAGUAGCGAGAUAACGCCAAUACAAGAUGAGGAAAAUCAGGACUUGGGGGACAGCAACUUCGAUGAGUUCGCUGGGUACGGCGGCUCGCUCUUCCAGAAUACGGUGUAUGACGAAGACGAUAAGGAGGCUGAUGAGAUGUACGAGCAAGUCGAUGAGAGGCUCGAUGAGAAAAGGAAGAAGUGGCGAGAAGAACGAAUGCGCGAUGAACUUUUGAAGAUGAGAGACGAGCGUCCUACUAUAUCGCAGCAGCUAUUGCCCUUUAAGCGUGACCUUGCGAAGGUCUCCGCAGAGGAGUGGGAUGCUAUUCCGGAGGCUCAGGAGCAUUUGAAGACCAAGAAGCGGCGUCGUGAGACCCUGGCGGCAGCGUCAGACUCGAUGCUGCUGUCCGCCAGAAGUGCAGGAACGUUUGGGACGACAGAACAAAGUGGCGGCAUGUCGACGCCUAUGACGGGAAUGUCCACUCCUAUGGGUUUUGGUACGGGAGGCUUGUCAACUCCUAUCGGCAUGGGGUUAUCGACUCCAAUGGGCCUAGGCCUGUCCACUCCAAUGGGCUUCGGUGGUGGUCUUUCUACCCCUAUGGGCAUGUCAACGCCAUUAGGAAUGGGUGGUCUCGCUACCCCAAUGGGUGUUGGUGGCCUUAGUACUCCUAUGGGUAUGGCUACUCCCAUGGGGCUCUCCACUCCGCUGGGUCUCUCAACUCCUGCUGUUGGAGGGGGAGCGGCUGGCAGUGUGAAUGAAUUGGGCCAAGCCAAGGCUGCUGUUCUCGCUGUGCAGUUGGAUAAGCUGCAAGACUCCAUAACGGGCCAGUCAGUGAUGGACCCUAAGGGAUAUCUCACUGAUCUAGCUGCAGCAUCACGUAUUGGAGCCGCUGCUGGCGUUGGUGUGGAUACUGAUGUUAACGAAGUGAAGAAGGCCAGAUUGUUGUUCAAGUCGGUGACUCGUAGCAACCCUCAUCAUGCAGCGGGUUGGAUUGCAGCAGCUCGACUGGAGGAGAUGACGGGCAAUCUCGGGCAGGCUAGAGAGCUGGUGGCUAAGGGUGUGCAGCACUGUCCGAAGAGCGAGGACCUUUGGUUGGAGGCUGCGAGGCUUGAGAAGCCUGAGAACGCCAAGGCUGUGCUCGCCAAAGCAGUAAGAGAGCUUCCGAGGUCUACGAAGAUCUGGAUCGACGCUGCUAAUCGCGAGACUUCGGUUGGGGCCAAGAGGCAAGUGCUGCGGAAGGCCCUGGAAAAGGUCCCUUCGAGUGUGCAGUUGUGGAAGAUGGCGGUGUCUUUGGAGAAGCCAGCUGAUGCUAAGAUACUUCUAAGACGGGCCACUGAGUGCUGCCCUAAGAGUGAAGAGUUGUGGCUGGCGUUGGCAAGACUUAGUGAAUAUCAUGAGGCUCAGAAGGUGUUGAAUCAAGCUCGCAAGAACGUCCCUACUAGUGCACUCAUUUGGGUCACUGCGGCUCGGCUGCAAGAGAGUAGUGGUAACACGUCGGGGAUUAGGAAGAUCAUACAACGAGCCAUGGACUCUCUGAGGGCUAAUGGAGUGAAGAUUGAUAGGCGUCAGUGGCUGCAGAUGGCCGAGGACUCGGAGAAUCUGGGUUAUACCGCUACUACUGAUGCCCUGGUGGAUCUCACUAUUGACACCAACAUGGAUAUGACUGAUUCCAAGGCUUGCAAACGUGAAUGGGUGGCAGAUGCUGAUGCAGCCCUGUCGCGCCAUAGACCACACACAGCACGAGCACUUUAUGCUAGUGCUACGGCUAAGUUCCCGACUAAGAAGGGCCUUUGGAAGCGUUGGGCUCAGCUGGAAGCUAGGCAUGGCACUGCAGCCCAAAUGGACAAGGUCUUGGCAGCUGCUGUGGAAGCUUGCCCGUUGGCGCCGCAGUUGUGGUUGAUCUCGGCCAAGCAGAAAUGGCUGCGUGGCGACGUCGAUGGAGCUAGAGCUAUUCUACAGCAGGCAGCUCAGGCUGUCGGGUCUAGCAGUGAAGACGUUCAUCUGGCUGCAGCUAAGAUUGAGGUCAGCAAUGGGGAAAUACAACGGGCUAGGCAGUUGCUGGCUGCAGCUCGGAGGCAAGCUGAGUUCUCGAAGGAACCUUGUGAACGUAUAUGGAUGCAAAGCAUUCAAGUUGAGAGGGAGUCGGGCCAUACAAAUCAGGCUCUGGCCUUGUGUAAGGACGCGAUCGUACAGUACCCACAUUUUGCUAAGCUGUAUAUGAUUGGAGCUCAUAUUAAUAUGGAAAGUGGUGAUUUGAAAGAGGCGGAGCGAUGGUCUUCGGAUGGUCUCGAGAAGUGUCCCCGCAGUGUUCAUCUGUGGAUAGUAGCUGCUGAUGUGGCCGCCAAGAUGAACAAGUUACCCUUGGCACGCAGUAUACUGGAGCGUGGCCGUCUGCGGAACUCCACCAUCACGGAAGCUGCGGGUGCGGUGGGAGCUGCUCAGGCGACGUUGGGGGCGGCAGCGAAGCAACAUCCUCAUCUCGAUGAGCUCUGGUUGAAGUCUAUCGAACUGGAGGACACGCGUGCUCAGGCUCGUCAUAUGCUGAAUAGGGCACUGCAACAGUGCCCGAGGUCGGGACUACUGUGGGCCAAGGCUGUGGAGUUGGAACCUAAGGAGACUCGCCACGCUAAGACGGUUGAUGCAUUGAAGCACUGUGAGAACGACGUACAUGCGGUGAUGGCAGUGGCGAAGUUCUUCUGGAAGGAUAAGGGGAUGAUUGCGAAGGCUCGGAAAUGGUAUCAAAAUGCUACUAGUAUAAGCUCUAACAAUGGUGACCUAUGGGGAGAGUUUUUCGCCUUUGAGUUGGCGGAAGGCGAUGCGACGACUCAGACUAAGGUGGCGAGAGCCUAUGCUCGGCUACAGCAUGAGCAGCAGAUCAACCGGGGUCUUAAGUGGAAUGCUAUACAGAAGCUGGUUCCUAACUGGCAUCUCACUGCGACUGAGCGGAUGAAGGCGUUCUUGACCGAGCAUUUCCCUGAGGUUUUGGAGAAGCUUGAUGACAGUGAAGAGGUGCUGACUGCGCUGGCAAGUGGUGCAAGUCGCUUCAAGGUGGCAACAGGUGGUAGCGAGAUUAAGGCGAAGGCUGGUGACGAUGCCGCGGGUAGCGAGGCCUCGGAGGAGCCCGUGAAUGAUAUACGGAACACUAAGAUGGAAUGAUCAUUGCAGUCGAGGGAGGAGGCACCUUAUCAUUAUUAGUGAAGGCUACUAGAUAGUUAUA